AUAUGUAACCGAUAAGACUGGGUGAAAUGGUCAAAUUUGACGGCAACUUCAACUAAUCGUCGUGUGAGAAUGUUUGUCUUUUGGGUGUGAACGAGCGUCAGUGUGAGAGUAAGAGCAUGAUGAACGAUCGGAGCCGGUGAGUUGCCGUCAAACAGCAGCAGCAGCAGCCCAGUCCAGCGAAGCUGAAUCCAGCCACUGAAUCAAAGAAAAAUUAACAAAAUCGAACAUCAAUCCAAGUUGAAUACGCCGACGCCCCCGACCGAACAGUAGCAGCAGGCCUUUCACAAGGACAUCAGGCAUCCAUCAUCUAUCCAUCAGUUGUCUAACUGCCAAUUCCCUUCCCAUUGCCAUCAUCAUCGGCAUCGGCAUCGGCAUCGGCAUCGGCAUCGGCAUCAACACGCCACUGUCAACGCAAAAAAGGACCUAGCUUAGCUGUUGGCAAGGAGAACGAAGAAAAGGCGGUGGAGGUGGUGCAGGUGGUGGAGGCGUGGCGAGGCAGACGUCAGAGCACAGUUUAGCGUGUAGGCGUCAAAAUGCCUGGCGGACGACGUGGACUGGUUGCGCCGCAGAAUACAUUCCUUGAGAACAUCAUCCGGCGCUCCAAUUCGCAGCCGGACAGCUCGUUUCUAUUGGCAAAUGCACAAAUCGUUGACUUUCCCAUUGUGUACUGCAAUGAGUCCUUCUGCAAGAUCAGUGGCUACAAUCGAGCCGAGGUCAUGCAGAAGUCGUGCAGGUAUGUAUGCGGCUUCAUGUAUGGCGAGCUGACAGACAAAGAGACGGUGGGACGGCUGGAGUAUACACUGGAAAAUCAGCAACAGGAUCAAUUUGAAAUUCUCCUUUACAAAAAGAAUAAUUUGCAAUGUGGCUGCGCCCUAUCGCAGUUUGGCAAGGCACAAACUCAAGAAACCCCGCUAUGGCUUCUAUUGCAAGUGGCGCCCAUACGCAACGAAAGGGAUUUGGUUGUGUUAUUUCUGUUGACAUUUCGAGAUAUAACGGCCUUGAAGCAGCCCAUCGACAGCGAGGAUACGAAAGGUGUUUUAGGUCUCUCGAAAUUUGCAAAAUUGGCCCGUUCUGUGACGCGAAGUCGUCAAUUCAGUGCACAUUUGCCAACACUGAAGGAUCCCACAAAGCAGUCCAAUUUGGCGCAUAUGAUGUCCUUAAGUGCGGAUAUUAUGCCACAGUAUAGACAAGAAGCGCCAAAAACACCGCCACACAUACUCUUGCAUUAUUGUGCAUUUAAAGCAAUUUGGGACUGGGUGAUCUUGUGUUUAACAUUUUAUACAGCCAUCAUGGUGCCAUACAAUGUAGCGUUUAAAAAUAAAACCUCAGAGGAUGUUUCCUUACUUGUGGUGGAUUCCAUAGUCGAUGUUAUAUUCUUUAUAGAUAUUGUUUUAAAUUUCCACACAACUUUCGUGGGACCGGGCGGCGAGGUGGUCAGUGAUCCAAAAGUCAUACGUAUGAACUAUUUGAAAUCAUGGUUCAUCAUCGAUCUGUUAAGUUGCCUGCCCUACGAUGUCUUCAAUGCAUUUGAUCGUGAUGAAGAUGGCAUCGGUUCGUUAUUCAGUGCAUUGAAAGUGGUUCGUCUGUUGCGUCUGGGACGUGUGGUACGCAAAUUGGAUCGAUAUCUGGAAUAUGGAGCAGCAAUGCUUAUACUAUUGCUAUGCUUCUAUAUGCUGGUGGCCCAUUGGUUGGCCUGCAUUUGGUACUCAAUAGGACGCAGUGAUGCCGAUAAUGGCAUCCAAUAUAGUUGGCUUUGGAAACUUGCCAAUGUUACACAAUCGCCAUAUUCAUAUAUUUGGAGUAAUGACACGGGACCGGAACUAGUGAAUGGACCAUCCCGUAAGAGCAUGUAUGUGACAGCCUUAUAUUUCACAAUGACUUGCAUGACAUCGGUGGGCUUUGGCAAUGUCGCCGCGGAGACAGACAACGAGAAGGUGUUCACCAUCUGCAUGAUGAUCAUUGCAGCUUUACUCUAUGCCACAAUUUUUGGUCAUGUGACGACGAUCAUACAGCAAAUGACCUCGGCCACAGCCAAAUAUCAUGAUAUGCUCAAUAAUGUGAGGGAAUUUAUGAAAUUACACGAAGUACCCAAGGCCUUGAGUGAGCGUGUUAUGGACUAUGUUGUAUCCACUUGGGCCAUGACCAAAGGUCUUGAUACCGAAAAGGUACUAAACUAUUGUCCGAAAGAUAUGAAGGCUGACAUAUGUGUUCAUCUAAAUCGCAAAGUAUUUAACGAGCAUCCAGCAUUUCGUCUGGCCUCGGAUGGUUGUCUCCGCGCCUUAGCCAUGCACUUUAUGAUGUCGCACUCGGCGCCGGGCGAUUUGCUCUAUCAUACGGGCGAGAGUAUCGAUAGCCUCUGCUUUAUUGUGACAGGCAGCCUGGAGGUUAUACAGGAUGAUGAAGUUGUGGCAAUAUUGGGCAAAGGCGACGUCUUCGGCGAUCAAUUCUGGAAGGACUCGGCCGUUGGCCAGAGUGCCGCAAAUGUGCGUGCGCUGACCUAUUGUGAUUUGCAUGCCAUCAAACGUGAUAAAUUGCUCGAAGUCCUCGAUUUCUAUUCGGCAUUCGCGAAUAGUUUUGCACGCAAUCUGGUGCUCACCUAUAAUCUCAGACAUCGACUGAUUUUUCGCAAGGUGGCUGAUGUGAAGCGCGAAAAAGAAUUGGCCGAAAGGCGUAAGAACGAGCCGCAAUUGCCCCAGAAUCAGGAUCACUUAGUGCGUAAAAUAUUUUCCAAGUUCCGGCGGACACCUCAGGUUCAGGCUGGUAGCAAAGAGCUCGUCGGUUCCGGACAAAGUGAUGUUGAGAAGGGCGACGGCGAAGUGGAGCGCACCAAGCUACCUGCCAAACUAACAUUAACUGAGGACUCACGCAUCCUAACAACCGCCGCUGUACCCUCACCAUCGCCAUCACCCUCGCCCUCAUCGGGUCCACCAUCUGCACGUAGUACCCGUGCCAGUAAAUGGGGACGCCUUCUGGGCAGUUCAAGUGUCGAUUCAGCUAGCGAUACUAGCGCCAAGGUAGCCGUCUCGAGAAGUUUGAGCGCCCGCGAAAGUCUGCGUGAGAGCACUGCCCAAGUGAGGCAGAGUAGUACUUCGAGUAGCAAUGGUGGACAAGGCAAUAAAGUUUUCCCCAAGGCACCCAAAAUGCAGGCUAGCCAAGCUACCCUAGCACGCCAGGAUACCAUCGAUGAGGGCGGCGAGGUUGACUCCUCCCCGCCCAGUCGUGACAGUCGUGUGGUCAUGGAGGGCGGAGGAACCAACACAACCAACGCAGUCACCAUUGCCUCUGCCACAACUACGACCAUUGCAACAAGCAGCGGCGUCGGCGCAGGAGGAGCCAUUAUACAGAGUUCAGGUGCUGAUAGAAAUUUGGCACUGGAACGAGAACGUCAAAUUGAAAUGGCCAGCUCGCGGGCCACCACAUCGGACACGUAUGACACGGGACUACGGGAAACGCCGCCUACACUGGCGCAGCGUGAUCUAAUUGCCACCGUGUUGGACAUGAAGGUGGAUGUCCGGCUGGAACUGCAGCGCAUGCAGCAGCGUAUUGGACGCAUUGAGGAUCUAUUGGGGGAGCUGGUCAAACGACUGGGUCCACAGAUGCAGGCGGCGGCGGCGGAUAGUAGUGGUCAGACAACACCGGGUGAUGAGAUUUGCGCCGGUUGCGGUGCAGGAGGUGGCGGUGGCGGUGGCGGCACUCCGACAACACCAGCCACUGCAACGGCCACCACACCGGUGGACACUGUGAUAACCAUCUCAUCGCCCACAACUGGUGGAUCUUCUGCAACCGCAACGGGUGGAGCCGGAGCUGGCGCUGGCGCUGGCAGCGGUCUACUAAAUCCAGGCGUCCAAGUGGUGGCGAGCGCGGGAGGCAACGGCCUGGGGCCACUGAUGCUCAAGAAGCGACGCUCAAAGAGCAGGAAAGCACCGGCGCCUCCUAAGCAGCAACUCGCCAUGGCGGCCACUGCGGCCACCACGACCACAACGGGUCCACUGACUCUGACGGGUGCCCUUGGAUCUGGUACGACAACUGUGCAAGCGUCAGCGGCGACUGAAGCGUCAUUGCACUUGCGUCUGCUCGAAGAGGAUUUCACAGCGGCUCAGGCAUCGUCUGCAUCGGCAUCGGCGUCAACAGCGGCAGCGACAUCGCCGACAGGUGCCGUUUCACCUACUACAACGACAAACGUAGCGUUGCCCUUGAUGCCGCACUCUGUUGGCACGCCCACAACAACUGGAGCGGGCAGUGCAGCAACAACACCAACAUCUCCGAUAGGCGGCGGCGGCGGCAACGGCGGCAGCAGCAGAACCAGCAGCAGCAGCACCAAACGGGAAUUCCUCUAGCCAAAGAUACUCGAGCGUCAUCAGUCAAUGGGGGAUAACAGCAGCAGCAGCAACGUCGACUGAGCAGCAACGUCAAAGUGAACGGGAUCUCCCAGUCUAGCAAUAAGCUUAGUUAGUUCAAUAUACAAAAAGAAAAACAAAACUCUUUACACUCACUAUCUCUCGCUUUCUCUCUUCUUCGGAAUAGCAUGCUCUUGUUGGCGCUCUUUUUUACUCGCUCUCCCCUUUCUAACUCUCUCUCUCUCUCUCUAUCUCAAUACUUCUCACUGUCUACAUACAUACAUAUACAUAUGCGUAUGCUUACGCUAAUUUUCGGUCUGCUUUUUAGUCGAGAGUAUUUUCUCGGGUUUAUUAUUAUUAUUAUUA